CUAAACACGAUUUUUGUAUAGUUUGUACAGGGCACAGAAUACGUGAAGGGGUGCGGAUACACUAUAGAUAUAUAUCGAAUCACGGCGUCAAUCAGCGUGAAUCGGAAAAUGGAAAGCGGUUCUCGUAUCACCCGGUCACAGGCGGCGCCGAACUGGACGGCGCAAGAAUCCCUGACACUGGUGAACGAGAUCAAAGCCGUGGAGGCGGAGUGCGGGAGCACGAUGCCGUCCUUCCAGAAGUGGCAGCUCACUGUCGCGCACUGCAACGCCCUCGACGUCUGCCGGAGCCUGGACCAAUGUAAGAGAAAGUGGGAAUCCUUGAUGGAAGAUUACCGGAGGGUUAAGCAAUUGGAGUUCCGCCACGGGAUGGCAUUGUUUGAUGAAGACCGGAUGGAGGAUUUGGGGGUUCCGGGGGAUUUCACUUUGGAGUUGUUCGUCGCCAUUGAUUCGUAUGUGAAAAUGCAGGGGAAGGACGCAAGCGGGGUUGAUACGGACCUGGACAGUGAUCCUGAAGCUCAGGCUGAUGAUUCUGUCUUCGUGGGAAGUGGUGGCUCGAAGAAGCAAUGUCGAAGAAGCAAUAGUCAGAAACUUAGGGCCGAGGAAGCUUUACACCCUUCUUGGCGAUACAUCUCAAGUGGAAUCACAAAGCAGGAUCAACUGAGCUUGCAUUAUAAACCAGACAUUAGAGUGGAUAAGAAAUUUGACCCGCGCUUGGAGAAAAAUUAUCAACCUUCCCUAUUGGUUGAUAAGGUUAAACCUCCAGAGAACAGAGAUGAAAUCACGGAUGAGGUUGAGGAAUUGAGGGGUGAGGAUGAAACAGAAAUGAUGGCUUUAAUUCUACAGGAAAAUGCACAACAUAUCCACGCAAUAGUUGAAGAUGAUUUAACGAAUACUGCUGCUGAUCAAACUGAUUUAGUGAGGCUCCAAGCUGAUAAGCUCAUUGAUUACCUUGGAAGAAUUUCCAAAACCCUUGGUCAGCUCUGUGAGAUAGUGCAAGAACGUAAAUAGUUUGGACAAUGCUAAGUUCUGACCAAUUUGGAUGUCAUUUCGAGUAUGAGAUUACCAUUGUAUGGUAGCCACUGUUUGGGAUAUGUAAGUAUGUAACUUUAAUGUAAGGUAAAACAACAAUUUUAUUCCCUAAAUGGUUGUCAUCAUGGUUGUACUUUCUUUCCGUGAAUGUGAUGAUUCUACGCCAACCAAUUACAUCAUUACGUCAAACAAAUAUAGAAUGGAGAAUUUUAUGUUUACCUUUACAUUGAUAGAAUGGGGAAUUUUAUGAUUUCCUUUGUUAGUUA